UGUUGCCCUCUUUGUUUAGAAAGAAUUACAGACAAUUGGUUCUGAAUUGUAUAUAUAUCUGGUCUAUGCCUCGAUAUAUCGCAGGUUCUGCUUGAACUUAUAACUACUACCACUACACCACUUCUUAUUACAUCACGUCUUUCUGCUCGGCAGUUUGCCGAUAAGCAAUCAUCUAUCUCCACGAAUAUCAUGGACCACAACAACAACAACAACAACACUUCUAGCAACAAUGGUGCUUCUCAACCCCAGUCACCGCCAACCUUCCCUCCAAACGUCUUCUACGUCAAUUACCACUUCACCUUUGCUCCAUCCCCCACCGCGCCCGCCACCCCUUCGCCUGGCUUCCCGCCGCCCGCUACCGACGACGCAGCGCAGUCGCCACAGCAGCAGCAGCAGCAGCAAGGCCCCGCGAACCCGUUCCAGGGAUUCUUCUUCUACACCAUCCCCGGCGGCGCUCCGGUAGCAGGCCAGGCCGGACCCGACAACAACCCCUUCGAGUUCUUCGAGGAACCGCCCAAGCCACGUGCGUCGAAGAACGCAGUCGCCGCGCUCAAGGACGUCGACCUUGACGCGAUCCCGGAGGCGGACCGGACGUGCUCGAUAUGCUUUGAGCCGUACAGCGCUGGGAAGAACGGACCGAAGCAGGCCGAAUCGAAAUGUGCUCAUGACGAAGAGCACGACGACGAGGCGAAGGCUACGGCGGAUGCCGCCGCAACCGAGUCUGCCGCCCCAGCCGACGAGAAGAAAGCAGAGGCAGAAGACGACCACGCGCCGCUUCAGAUGCCGUGCGGCCAUAUCUUUGGCCGGAGCUGCUUGAAAGAAUGGCUGGCGUCCUCGACGACCUGCCCGCUCUGCCGGACCGCGAUCGAGGCAGAGGCGCAAGAGGCGCAAGAGCCGCGACAGUCUGCGCCGCGAGCGACGUUUUUCUUCCAGAACGGAUUGCCGUUCUUGGUUGGCCCGCUUUUCAAUAUUAUCGCAGGCGCAAGAGGUGCUCGGCCCGCUCCUGCUUCCGCCCAGAAUCCGGGUCAGACGGGUGCGGGUGAGAAUGCUUCGUCUGAGAGCUCAUCUGAGGCCACAACUCAGACUCCUUCCGGCACCACGACCGCGUCCGAGGAAAGCGGCGCAUCAACUCCUGCAUCUCAGGAUCAGCGAGAACCGUCCAUCUCCCGCUCGCUAAGCUUCACGCUUUCGGCGCGUAACCGCAACCACCCCUACCUCCGCCGCUCCGCCCCCAGCAGCUCCACCAAUCUCUCGGAGCCACCUACGGUAUCGACCACCGCGUCCUCCACACCAAGCAGCACCACUCUCCCGCCACUCGCGACCGUGCUCGCUCGACCCGAUCUCGAAUGCGGCUCGGCGCCAAUGGGACUCUGCGAGGAGUCCGGCGCGUACAUGCGUCUGACGUGCGGCCACGGUUUCCACGAAGACUGCCUCCGCAGCGCGAUGAGAUCGCACGGCGACGCGGACAUUCCGAAUCUGCGGAGCGACGAGGACGUGUCGACUAGUGACAUUGAGCGGCCGCAGGUGCGUCGCGAGGUGUGGUGCAUGAGAUGUCGACGGUACGUCGCUGUCGAUGUAUAAGCGACGUCUCUCCUUUUUUAUUCAUUGUGGCUCUUCUUUUAGUUUUGUAUUGUUUUGGGAUAGCUUCAUCAACAGGAGGUGUUUUAAUGUUUCUUUAUUUCUUUGUUUAUUCGUCUUUGUUUUGCUUUUUGGGUCGUAUGGUCUGUACAUUAGUAUCUCAUGGUUGUAUUGUUUUUCCGGAAGAGCUGCGAUCUUUUCUUUUCAACGCCGUCAUCUGCAGGCGUUAUGGGCUUUCAUUCACCUUUCUUUAGCCCUUCAUAUUUGCCUAUUUUGCAUAAAUAUACACUAUAUUUCUAUAUACGAUAGAGUCUGGGUCGGUGGUUUAUAGGGACUUGGAUGUUUGUGUAGGGUUUGUAAUUAUGUAAUGUAUAAAUAAAUCAUC